AUGAGCCCAGAAGAGGGAAAUCAAACCACCAUCACAGAAUUCAUCCUCCUGGGAUUCGGGACUCUUCCUGAACUGCGGGUCCUGCUCUUCCUGCUGUUUCUCUUGAUCUACACCGCGACUGUGGCCGGGAACAUCCUCAUAAUAACUCUAAUCGUGGCAGAUCGGCACCUCCACACCCCCAUGUACUUCUUCCUGGGGAACUUGUCUUGCCUGGAGACCUGCUACACCUCCACUGUUCUGCCCAGCAUGCUAUCCGGUCUUCUCAGUGAGGACACGGCUAUUUCAUUCAGCGGGUGUCUCACGCAAUAUUAUUUCUUUUGCUCCCUGGUUGCUGCUGAAUGCCUACUCUUGUCAGUGAUGUCUUAUGACCGGUAUGUAGCGAUAUGCAACCCAAUGCACUAUACAACCCGUAUGGGCAGCCGGUUACACCUCCAGCUUGCCGGUGGCUGUUGGACCGGUGGCUUUUUGUGCGGCAUCAUCAUCACAUUGUCUGUAUCCCAGUUAAAUUUCUGCGGCCCCAAUGCAAUCGACCAUUUCUUUUGUGAUCUUGUCCCUCUGAUAAAUCUCUCCUGCAGUGACCCUCAGCUGAUGGAAAUGUUGAUUUUCAUAUUCAGCUUGAUUUUCUCGGUGGCCCCGUUCCUGCUCACCGUGACAUCCUACAUCUGCAUCAUCGCCACCAUCCUGAGGAUCCCUUCCACCAGGGGGCGGCAAAAGGCCUUCUCCACCUGCUCCUCCCACCUCAUCGUGGUGACCAUUUACUAUGGAACGCUGCUCAUUAUUUACAUGUUCCCAACCACCGACCUCCUGAAGGACCUCAAGAAAGUUCUUUCAGUCGUCUACACAGUCCUGACUCCGCUGGUCAAUCCCCUCAUCUACAGCCUUAGAAACAAAGAGGUCAAGGAAGCCCUGAGGAAAGCUUGCAAGUCGUUUGUGUUUGGAUAA